AUGCUGUUGAGAUUUGCCGGUGUCUUUGUGCCUCUGGAAACAUCUGCAGCGUCCCGGGAAAUGGGAGUCAAAGAAGAAGAGGGUUAUCUAUUGUUCCGCAGCAACUGUUCUGGUUUUCUCGCGCAACACACUUCCUUGUUCAGUGUUGAAACAGGACAGGCAGCGAUUGCGAAACAAGGCCCAGUCAUUGACCGCCACCUUGACAGCUCGUGCGUACCUAUCAAACAAGCGCGACGUGCACCGCACACAGACCGCAAGCUUAUCGAUAUUAGACGCCAUCGCAAGGUCAUGAGCUGCUCAUUUCCAUAUUACCGCCCGUCGCUUAGGCGCAACGCCCACGCGGCCUUUGCUCAGCUGUCUCCAGCCCAACGGUCAACGCGUGAGCAGAGCCAACUCACGCUCUGCCAGGCGACCCUGGAGCAGACACUCUACGUUGUUAAUCCUGACAGUCGUCUGGGAGCACAAAUACAAGACACUAUCGAUGAGAUACGGCGUCGCCUGCUCGUGAUGCUGCCGGGUGAAGCGGCCGCGCCCAAGCCCACAGUCGAGGUCGACGACUCAGAACCUCCAUCUUCGCCUAGCAGCAGUGUUUAUACGGAUGCAGCCGAAUUGGCAUCCGAUGCAGGAAGCGAGCAGACAGCGCCUUCCUCAAGAAAUACGACAAGCAUCGGCCUUGAAAGCCCGUUUGCACGUCUCCAAGUGAACAAGAAGCGUGAUCGGAACGACGACGAGCGGUUAGAAUCCCCAACAAAGCGCCGAAAGAAAUUCUCAAUACCCAAAGAUAAAGAAGUCAUUGUCAUCGACUAG